GCUGCGGCGCCAGGGGCGGGGCGCGGCUGCCAGAUGUUGGGGCGGCUGCGGGAGCUACGGAGCGCGAGGAGUCGCGGCGCUGGGCACAGGGCGAAGGCGCCGCUGGCCGGGCCGCCCGGCCCUCUCCGCGCCGCUCCCGCCGGAGUUCUCAUUGGAACUGGCAGGCCUGGCGGGGGCUCCGGCAGGGGCAUGCACAGCACUCGGCUUGACAGCUUCCUGGGCCAGCUCCGCUGGGAAUUGCCCUGUGGCCGGGACACAGGCUCACCCCCAAUGCCUGGUCCCCUUCCGCCACCCCCCAAACGCGGCCCAGGUGCCCACCACCGGCUCAGGGCCUCAGAUGCCUUGGAAGAGGACUCCGUCUGCUGUGUGGAGGAAGAGGAGGAGGAAGGUGUGGUGACAGGAGACAGAGGUGUAGCCUUGGAGGGCCCCAGGGAGCACACCUUGGACUGGGACUCCGGCUUUUCCGAGGUGUCGGGCAGCACAUGGAGAGAGGAAGAGCUGCCUGUGCCUCCAGCACCCCCAGUGUGGCGCCCCCACAGACAGCGCGUCUCAGCCAGUGGCAUCCCCUUGUCCAGCGGAGCCCCUGUGGCUAGGGCGCCACCUGCCCACCGACCUCGGCCCAAGUCCACCCCAGAUGCCUGCCUGGAGCAUUGGCGGGGCUUGGAAGCCGAGGACUGGACAGCAGCCCUGCUGAGCAGAGGGCGGAGCCGCCAGCCCCUGGUGCUGGGGGACAACUGCUUCGCUGACUUGGUGCACAACUGGAUGGAGCUGCCCGAGACAGCAGGUGAGGGGGACAACGGGGGCGGGCCGCGUGCCCGAGCUCGGCCCCCCCAGUUCCUGCUCGGCCUCUCUGAGCAGCUGCGGCGCCAGCUGGCCAGGGCCCGCAGGGCAGCCAUGGCGGGAAAGCGACUGUCAUGCCCACCGCGAGCGGAGCCCGAACUGCCUGCGGACGCCUCGCGCUUCGCAGCCCUCAUGAGCUGCCGCAGCCGCCAGCCCAUCAUCUGUAACGAUGUCGUCAGCUACCUCUGACCCUGCCCUCCGGCCCGGGACAAUAAAGGCCUUUCUCUGGACUGGU